AUGACGUAUAAUCUAGACGAGUUAGAAGCUCCGGAAUGGUUGAAUGAUGAGUUCUUCUGCAAUGUGAUGCGUGAAUCGAAUAAUGAUCCAACGAUCGAGCUCACGAGUGCGUGUGUCUUACGGCCGGGUACGAACAAAGGUGAUCAUUAUGCAAGUGUCAUGUUCCGGACGACUGUAAAGUAUCGAUCAAAGCGCAACAAUGAGGAGAAAUCAGUCAACAUCAUCAUGAAAACGAAACCGGAAGCAGAGGGUCUUAAGAAGGAGCUGCUUGACGAUGAUAGCCUGUUUGCGAUUGAAUUAGAAAUGUACAGCAAAACUCUACCAGAAAUGGCACGAAUGUUGAAGGAAAUUGGAGAGGAGUACAAGUUUCCGCGAUACAUUUAUGGAAUGAUGAAACCUCGAACCAUCCUUAUAUUGGAGGACAUCAGUGACCAGGGAUGGGUGAUGGGAGAUUUUAUCAGCACCUUUGAUGACAUGAAGCCGAUUGUGAAAGAUAUAGCAAUGUUCCAUGCCGCAUCGGUGAUGAUAGAAAGCUCAGACUCCACGUUCGCUGGCAAGCAUGCUUACUCCAUGGGUGAAAAGUUCAUGGCCUUCGAGGGAAUGGUCAACAAAGGCUUUGGAGACUUAAUGCAGCUGACCGCUUCAUACCCGGAGUUUGCCCAUUUUGCGGAACCCUUAGAGAAGUUUAAAGUGGGUGUCCGUGAUUUUUACGUGUCGCUGUAUAACUCUACCAAAACGUACCAGAACGUGUUGAUACACGGUGAUUUCCAUAGCAAAAAUAUGCUGCACCAAGUCGAUGCAGAAGGACGCCACACGGAUACGAUACUGUUGGACUAUCAGAUCUGUUGCUGGACUACACCUGCCAUCGAUCUGUACUAUCUGCUGGAUAUGAUACCAACGCAAGAGAUUAAGGAUAAACAUAGGUCCGAGUUGAUUUACAUGUAUUACCAGCAGUUUAGCGAUCUGUUGAAGCGGUUAGGAUUUUUGGGAAAGAUUCCAAGCUUGUUGGAUUUACAGAUAGAGCUACUCCGAUAUGCAGGACUCGAAUUGUUCCAUUAUGCGGUUUUCAGCAGCUUCCGGUACAUGGAUCAAAAUGCAGUCGAUAUCGAGGGAUUGCUCAAGGGUGAGGUCGACAAUCCCGUGUUAAACAAUCCUGAGUUCAAGAAGCUAAUGCAUUCCGAGUUAUCAAGAUUCCUGCAUCAGGGGACGCUAUCAAGUAAAGGCUUUGAGUUUCUUGAACUACAUUCGCCUCUCAAGGAGUUGGAACUAGCCCGUGUAUCGGAAGCUUCGAUAUGUGACGAGUUAGAAGCUCCGGAGUGGUUGAAUGAUGAGUUCUUCUGCAAUGUGAUGCGUGAAUCGAAUAAUGAUCCAACGAUCGAGCUCACGAGUGCGUGUGUUUUACGGCCGGGUACGAACAAAGGUGAUCAUUAUGCAAGUGUCAUGUUCCGGACGACUGUAAAGUAUCGAUCAAAGCGCAACAAUGAGGAGAAAUCAGUCAACAUCAUCAUGAAAACGAAACCGGAAGCAGAAGGUCUUAAGAAGGAGCUGCUUGACGAUGAUAGCCUGUUUGCGAUUGAAUUAGAAAUGUACAGCAAAACUCUACCAGAAAUGGCAAGAAUGUUGAAGGAAAUUGGAGAGGAGUACAAGUUUCCGCGAUACAUUUAUGGAAUGCUGAAACCUCGAACCAUCCUUAUAUUGGAGGACAUCAGUGACCAGGGAUGGGUGAUGGGAGAUUUUAUCAGCACCUUUGAUGACAUGAAGCCGAUAGUGAAAGAUAUAGCAAUGUUCCAUGCUGCAUCCGUGAUGAUAGAAAGCUCAAAUCCUACAUUUGCCGACAUACAUACUCACUCCAUGGGUGAAAAGUUCAUGGCCUUCGAGGGAAUGAUCAAUAAAGGUUUUAGAGACAUGAUGCAGCUGACCGCUUCAUACCCAGAGUUUGCCCAUUUUGCGAAACCCUUAGAGAAGUUUAAGGCGAAUCUUCGUGAGUUUUACGUUACUAUCGAUGAUCCAACCAAAACGUACCAGAACGUGUUGAUACACGGUGAUUUUCAUUAUAAAAAUAUGCUGCACCAAGUCGAUGCGGAAGGACGUCACACGGAUACGAUACUGUUGGACUAUCAGAUCUGUUGCUGGACUACACCUGCCAUCGAUCUGUACUAUCUGCUGGAUAUGAUACCAACGCAAGAGAUUAAGGAUAAACAUAGGUCCGAGUUGAUUUACAUGUAUUACCAGCAGUUUAGCGAUUUGUUGAAGCGGUUAGGAUUUUUGGGAAAGAUUCCAAGCUUGUUGGAUUUACAGAUAGAGCUACUCCGAUAUGCAGGACUCGAAUUGUUCCACUACGUCGUCUUCGACUCAUUCCGAUACUUGGAUCAAAGUACAGUCGAUAUCGAGGGAUUUCUGAAGGGUGAAAUCGAGAAUCCCGGGAAUUUAUUCAUCAUGCAAGAUCCAGCUCCGGAACUGGCGUGGAUUAAUCGGGAUUAUUUUACGCAUGUACUGGAAACCUAUCUGCACGCGGAUGUUACCGUGGAGCGAUACGAACUGGCUGCUGGAUGUCCGGGUGGGCAGAAUUUUAUGAGCGCGAUUGUACGCGCCACCGUCCAUUACACGCUGCCCAGUACGGACCCGACCCGCCCAGAGACGGUGUCAUUAAUUGUGAAGACGAAGCUAGCUAACGCAGAGCUGGCUGAGGGAGCAGACCAGCUGAAUGUGUUCGGUAUCGAGAAAACCGUAUACGGGCCCGUUUUGAAAGCUGUCCGGGAACUGCUGACCAGCUUCGGUGAUUGUACACAAUUUGCACCUCGAUUUAUCUACGAAGAUGAACACGCGCUGGUACUGGAAGAUUUAGCUGUUAAGGGUUAUCGGCAGCCGGAUCGGCGGGAACGGCUCGAUCAGCACCACAUGCGAUUGAUCGUGCAGAAGCUGGCGAAAUUCCACGCUGCAACGGCUGUACUGGGUCGGAAGAAUCGUGACCUAUUCAGCGGACUGGCAAGUACCAACUUUGCCAGCGAAGGGAAUCCCAUCCAUCUGUUCUAUGCGAACGCUAUACAGCACUGUAUCGAUCAGACGGUGCGAGUUCCCGAGCUGUCGCAGUACACAGAAUUUCUUCGUUCUUUCCUCGAGCAAGCCAUAGAACGUGAGGCGCGAAGCUACGAAUGUGACGAGUCGGGCUUCAACGUUCUUAACCAUGGCGAUAUGUGGCUAAACAAUUUGCUGUGGAAGUACGAAACGGACGGUAUAGUCAGUGAUGUGAUUAUGGUGGAUUACCAGGAAAGCUUCUACGGUUCGCCAGCGUUCGACCUAAACCACUUGCUGUACUCCUCGGCCAACAGUGUGAUCCAGCGGGCGGGUUUUGACGAUCUCGUACAGCUGUACACGGACGAGCUGUUGGGAGCGCUGCGGCAAUUUAAAUAUGACGGUCCCCUGCCCGAUUUAGCGCGCGUGCGAACGGAAAUGGCAUCAAAACGCGACCACGCACUCAUCGUAACGACCUGCAUUGUGCCACCGCUGAUACUGGAAAAUAGCGAGCUGGCCACACCGGAGAAUAUGCUCGGCGAUCACGAGGAAGCUGUGCGUACGCGGGAGGAGAUUUUUAGCAAUCCAAAGUUUAUUGAAAUCCUUACCAUUUUGUUACCGCGGCUGACGGUGGAUGGGGUCAGUAGUUAA